AUUGCUCUCACCCAUUCCUCCUGGCCUUUAGUCUGGGCUGGGAUCAUUCCGUACCUCUCGUUACUCUUACAUUGACUUUUCCUGCCACUCUGUCUUGAGCGCAUGCCGAUAAUUGGUUCAGCGCAAUGAAUUUGUCUCUUCUCGAUCCCUUUGUCCUGGCGCAGGACUAUCCCGAUACACUUACAGAGAAACUGAGAAGCGGCCAUGCGACAUGUCUACGAUUCAACCGCAAGGGAGAUUAUCUAGCCUCCGGACGAGUUGAUGGCACAGUGGUCAUAUUUGAUUUAGAGACGAACGGGGUUGCACGGAAACUACGAGGUCACACCAGGCAAAUCCAGUCCCUGAGUUGGUCAAGGAAUGGCCGCUAUCUACUCAGUUCAUCACAAGAUUGGAAGUGUAUCCUGUGGGACUUGAAAGAUGGUUCCCGAGUACGCACGAUCCGAUUCGAAGCACCUGUAUAUAUUGCUGAAUUACAUCCUUAUAAUCAUUUACUUUUUGUUGCCUCCCUAUUCGAGGACCAGCCUGUUUUGGUUGACGUCUCAUCCCCUAAGCCCAUUAAGCGCAUUCUUCCCUCCGCUCCAUUUCGACCCCCGCCACCUAAAUCCGAAGAAGUUGACCCCGCUGUGGCCGCAAAGCAGGCAGCCCAAGACGCGAAGCACUCAACAUGUGUUACCAUCUUUACUGCUUUAGGAAAUCACAUUAUAGCAGGCACAUCUAAAGGGUGGAUCAACAUAAUUGAAACACAAACAUGCGCGACAAUUCAUUCUACUCGUCUUUGCAAUGGAGUGGUGAUCCUACUUCGCCUUGCCAGCAACGGCCGAGACCUGCUAGUUAAUAGCUCCGACCGAGUGAUACGCACCAUCCUCAUGCCAGACCUCUCCCAGCUAGGUAUUGAUUUAGAACCUACCAACAUCAAGCUUCAGGUCGAACAUAAGUUCCAGGACGUGGUUAAUCGACUAAGCUGGAACCAUAUCACCUUUUCUUCGACGAGCGAAUUCGUCACCGCAUCCACCUUCAUGAAUCCUGACAUUUACGUUUGGGAACGGAGUCACGGUUCCCUGGUGAAGAUCCUCGAGGGUCCCCGAGAAGAACUGGGCGUUGUGGAAUGGCACCCUUCCCGCCCUAUGGUAGUCGCCUGUGGUUUGGAAUCUGGAUGCAUCUACACAUGGUCGAUUGUGACGCCUCAAAAAUGGUCCGCACUAGCGCCUGAUUUUGGCGAAGUCGAAGAAAACGUUGAGUAUGUUGAACGCGAAGAUGAAUUCGACGUUCACCCUGCGGAGGAAAUUCACCAACGUCGGCUUGACCAGGAAGACGAAGUUCCCGACGUGUUAACCAUCGAGCCCCACAAAAGCGGUACAGAUGAAGAGAUGGAGUCCUUCCGCAUGCCUGUUCUUCUAGAUAUUUCCGACAGCGAAAGUGAAGAGGACAUCGUCGCCGUGGGUCCCGGCACAAUGCGGAGGCGUAGCCCCGGCGCUGGCCGUGACUUGGCCAACGGAGAUGGGGAGAAAGAAACUACUGGAGGUAGAAACGGUACCUCCCGGGGACAAAAGGGCCGCCGGCGUUGAAAUGAACACGCGUAUGAGCAUGAGUUCGCAUUAUAGUAUUAGAUAAUUUACCGGAGCAUUUGUCUUUUGAGUCAUUGGGUGGAUGGGUGGGUGUCUUGAAGGCUAUCGAGGCGUUUGGCGAAAUACCCAGAAACUGGUAUCUCACACACUUGCAUUUUCGGAUCAUGUUAGCUGGUAAUGAGGACUUGCAAAAGAUCACAUGGAUAAAUUCUUCCCAUUG